AACCUGGCGCAGAUGAGCCUGGACGAGUUCUUGGCCGCCGAGUCGGAGCCUGACGGUGCCUCGGAGGGGGAUGAGGAGGAGGAGGAGGUCGCGGCGUCGCGGAGCGGGAAGGCGCGGCAGGAUGGGAAGGCCAGGCGGACGCUCCAGGCCCGGCCGGCUGCGAGGAAGAAAGGAAAGGCAUCCGAACACAAAGAUCAGCUCUCCCGGCUGAAGGACAAAGAUCCUGAAUUCUACAAGUUUUUGGAGGAAAAUGAUCGCUCACUGCUGGAUUUUGAUGCUUCAGACAGUUCUGAUGAGGAGGAGAGGUUGCACAUACCACCUGAUACACUGGAGGAAGCAAGUGAUGAAGAUGAGGAUGAAGAACAACAUGAAAAAGUCAAACGGAAGAGAGUUUCUCUCAUCCCUGUGAGCAUGAAAAUGGUUGAAGAAUGGAAAAAAGCUGCAGAGAGAAGGCCAACACCAAAACUUUUCCACGAAAUCACUCAAGCCUUCAAAGCAGCUGUAGCAACCACCAAAGGAGAUAAUGGUGGGGCUGAUCCCAGCAAAUUUCAAGUCACUGAUGCUGCAGUGUUCAAUGCCCUCGUGUCCUUCUGUGUCCGGGACCUUUUCCGCUGCCUGCAGAAGCUGCUGCUUCUGAAACCCCCAAAGAACAAACUAAAAAUAGUCCUCCCUUCCACCAGCCCACUUUGGAGCAAGCUGCGACUGGACAUAAAAAUGUACCUCAGUUGUACCAUACAACUCCUGUCUUGUUUAACAGAAGCCUCAGUGGGCGCAGCUGUCCUUCAGCAUGUCAGUGCCACAGUACCUUACUAUUUGUCCUUUCCAAAGCAGUGUCGUGCUCUUCUCAAGCAAACAAUUAAUUUGUGGAGCACAGGUGAGGAAACAGUGAGAGUACUGGCCUUCCUUGUGCUGAACAAGAUCUGCCGCUACAAGAAAGAGGUGUACUUAAGUCCCUUGCUCAAGCAAAUGUACAUCGCAUUUGUGAAGAAUUCCAGAUUCACCUCUCCCAAUGUCCUGCCCAUGAUCAACUUCAUGCAGCGUGCACUGACAGAGAUGUAUGCCCUGGACACCCACAUCUCCUACCAGCAUGCCUUCAUCUAUAUCCGCCAGCUUGCCAUUCACUUGCGCAGUGCAAUGACAAUAAAGAAAAAGGAGAACUUCCAGUCUGUUUAUAACUGGCAGUAUAUCCACUGCCUCUAUUUCUGGUGUCGGGUUCUCAGCACCAUCUAUCCCAGUGAGGUCAUGGAGCCGUUGAUCUAUCCUUUGACCCAGGUCAUCAUUGGGUGUAUAAAGCUGGUACCAACAGCUCGUUUCUACCCUCUGCGCAUGCACUGCAUCCGUGCACUUACACUGUUGUCUGAGAACACCAGGACCUUCAUCCCAGUGUUGCCGUUUAUCCUGGAGAUUUUCCAGCAAGUGGAUUUCAACAAGAAGCCAGGACGUAUGAGUGCUAAGCCUAUAAACUUUGCAGUGAUCUUGAAGCUUUCCAGUGCCAACCUGCAGGAGAAGGCCUUCCGAGACGGACUCAUCGAACAGCUCUAUGACCUGAUGCUUGAGUACCUCCAUUGCCAGGCCUGCAGCAUUGGCUUUCCAGAGUUGGUUCUCCCCACUGUCAUUCAGCUAAAAUCUUUCCUGAAGGAAUGCAAGAUUGCCAACUACUGCAAGCCUAUCCGGCAGCUUCUGGAGAAACUGCAGGAAAAUUCUGCCUACAUCGCCAGCAGGCGUCAGAAAGCUGCCUUCGGCGUGGCCAGCAGGGAGUCUGUGGAACAAUGGGAGAAGCAGGUCAAAGAGGAGGGGACACCUCUGACCAAGUAUUAUACUCAGUGGAAGAAGCUAAGAGAGAAGGAGAUACAACUGGAAAUCAGCGGCAAAGAAAGACUUGAAGACUUGAACUUCCCCGAAAUUAAGCGUAAGAAGCAAGAGGAAAGAAAGGAGGAAGAUAAGAAGGAAUUCAAGGACCUCUUUGAGCUGGACAGUGACUCUGAUGAGGAGAAUGUUGGAUUCCCCAUAAAAGGUAAAGCCAAAUCCAAGGAGCCAUCAGACGACAGUUCAGAAGCAAGCAGCAAGGAGUAUGGCGAGGAUGAUGAUGAAGAAGGAAAGUAUGAAAUUGAGGAGGACGAGGAAGAAUUGGAAGAGGACAGUGACUCAGAUGAGGAAGGCCAGGAAGCCGCUCAGGUUCCCCGAGGGUCCCAGAAGCAGAGGAGCUGCACUCGUGGGCUGUCACGAUCUGACCUGGAACAGCUGGCCCAAGGAGAAGAGGACAUCGUGGAGGACUUGGAUUUCUCUGAUGAGGACUGAGCACCCUCCCAGCCAACCCCUCCUCGCUUAUCCCUACUGGAUCAGCCACCCUCCAGCACCCGGAGCUGGUUCUCCAGGAGGUGGUAAGAGCUGGGGAGCACAGAGGGUGGGAGCCCGGCCCCAGGCACCACCAAGGACUUCAGUGACACGGCAGAGAUGCUGCUUGGACUUUCAAGCUUUUUCUACCAGUUUUGUUUUUGGUAACAGUAAAAUUGUGGUCAUGUCAAGGCCAGUAAAACUGCUCAGUAUAGGCAAUAAAAAGCCCUCAUUAAAAUCCACUGCUUUAAACAGCACAGGGUUCAGUUUUAGCUCCUGCUGGAGUGUGAGCUGACCAAGGGAAGCACAAAUUCUUUUGUCCAAGGCUCUUCCUGUUUGUCAGCCAAACACCCCCCGUCGCCCCAUAUUUUGCUCUGGGCCCUCACCAAACCCUCCUUUUUGCCAAGAAGUUCUGAAGGACUGUGUAGAGCUGUGCAUCCUCACUGCAAAUGGAAGCCUUUAUCAGUAACAGCAGCAGCAGCUUAGUUCAAUGAAGCUGGCUGUAAGUAUGCUAAAGAAGUUCACUUUUAAGUGCCUUAGGAUAUGGGGGGGUGUGGAGAUGGGAGGUUGUGCAGGCAGGAAGGAGUAAGAGGCAAAACUAAUAAUGUAGGAAACAUACUUUCAUUUUUGUGAUGGCUGUUGGGUCUGUGUGUGAUACAUUUGUUUAGCAAAAACAAGGGAUGAGUCUGAGCCCACGCUUUGUAAAACAGACCUAUUGUUACCCAUAGUGACAUAACAUCACCUCUUCCUGGGGCCAGUCCUAGCUGCUGCUGAACACUGUUUUGUUCUGAGCCACAAAAACAGUAGUGGUGAUUGCAGGUGGUCUUGAGCACCCAGCCUUUCUUCAUUAAAUUGCCUCAAAGCCACUGCAUCACCUGGGCAGCUUCUGAAUGCAGCUCGUGAUGCGUCUUCCUGUAGGAGUAGUGCUGGGGGGGGUGGUGGUGUGUAGCUCAGGGUGGGCAAGGGCAAUUUGUCAUCUGCUGGGAAAAUAUAAACAGCAUCUCUCUUGAGACACUGUUAGUUUGCAGAACUGGCGGCUAAGAAAUGUAUUUCUUUGGAAAAGAAACUGGAUAUAGAGAGUAUUUGCUGAGAGAGGUAGGAAAAGCUAAGUAUUCUUAGGACUAUCUUGACAGAAUCACUCCUGAAAAUUAACUGUGCCUUUUUGAGAGCAUUGUUAUUUGUUAAUGCAGAUUUUUGAAGAAGAGGAGGGCCAGGAAUAAAUACGAUCUUUAUUCUCCUCUGCCACCAUUCAGUGAGGUCAGCAGGGCUAGGGGUGGCCAAGCUACCUGCACAGACAUGGUCAUCUCUGCCUUCUGCACUCGUGUUUCCUCUCCAGCAUCCUUACUCCUGCACACCACAAGAGGACAAGAUGGUCUUUUAAAAACCAUUUUAAAAAGAACAAUUCCCACCCCCCCCGUCCUUUUUUUUGUUUUUUAAGUAAGUUCUCUUUUCAUGGAGUCAGAAGAACCACAGCUCAGAAACACUGCCUUACUGCAGAUAAAAACCCAAAUACACUGCAGCCUGGCUAGUGGUCUCCCUCUCCCAUGUGUAAGCGAUAACAACUGGGUGUACAUAAAGAGGUAAUUAUGCUCUUCCUGUCCUACACAAGUGCUGCUCCUUCCCUGCUUCCAGACACCGUUACCACACGGGUAAUUACUGCUGGGGUACAGCGUCGUGGGGUGUUUGCUUCAUUCUGUUUGUUAGGUCUUUCUGGAGCUUGGCUGCAGGAAUAGGGAUAGAGAAGUAGUCAUCUUCCCCAGUGCAGCAAUUACUAGACCUGCCCUUCCUAGACAUGCACUAGGAUACCCCCUUUGUCCUGGAAGGGCAAGGAAGUAACCUCAGAAAUUACUAAUUUGGGGUUUAUUGUUGACAUCAUUAUCAUCAUCAUCACUUACAGCCCACUCUGAGGGGGCCAAAGCACCUGCUGCUUCCCUAAGGGGUUUGGGAGAAGCCUGAGGCUCCCUGAGGCUGGUACAGCCUGUGUCUGCAGGCAGUGACAUACAGGAGCCUGGGGUAUGACUGCAAAGAUGAGAAUUGAAAGCCCUAACUCUAAAAAUUAAAAAAAAAAAAAAAAAAAAAAAGUUUACCUUUUAUUCCAAAAGAGAAAGGAGUUGCUUUUUCUCCUUUCUCUUAGCUGGGCAAAGCACUUGUCUGCCUUUUGGCAGCUGUGAGCCAACCCUCAGAUCAGCUUUUAGGCCGGAGAUGUAGCAGCUCCGAGGCACCGAGUUACUGACACAGGGAAAGGAAGGAGACUGCUGGGGUGGAGCAGCCACUUGCAAGGAGCUCAGGAAGCCAAGUACCAUUUGUAAAUUAAGUGUUUGUCUUUUUUAUUUAAAUUGAUUGCUGGAAAGCAUUUUUAUCGUGAUGUGAUGGAUAAUGACUUUUUUUUUACAAUAUAAAGAAGCUAAUGUACCACCAAGCUAUUUUGUAAGAAAAACGGUAGCACGUGCAACGUUUAAA